GCAUUGUGGUGCACGCAACCUUCGGCAGAAGCUCCCAUCAAGAAGGAAAAGCGAAGCACUGCUGCGCGCAUGUGUGCUGAGUCGUACCUUACCUAGGGCGCCUGCGCAAGCGUCCCCGGGGCUUCUCCCAGCCCUGGUCCAGGCUCGCUGUGUAGGUGGGCAAUGGUUGCCGGGAGCCGGGAGCAAGGUUCCCGUCCCACCCGCAGCAGCACCGCCCGCCGCCGGCAGGGUACGCUCUCCACGGAGCCUGUCCCGCUCCUGGCCGGCCUGCGCCUGCGCGGGGUUUCCGCCAGUCGGCGAAGCGGCGAGAGCUGCCCCACUUGCUGCGCACUCGGACUAAGAUGGCAGCGGCGGCCAGGCUGGGUUGGGGAGCUGCGGCUGCAGCCGCAAGGCUGUGUAGGCGAUUCUGUCCUAUGAUGAAUCUGUAUACCAUGACAAAACAGCCUCUGCAUCAGUUUGUACAAAGACCACUUUUCCCACUGCCUGCAACCUUAUGUAACACAGGAAAACCAGUUCUUGAGACAAGGACCAUGGAUUUUCCCACACCAGCUGCAGCAUUUCGCUCCCCUCUGGCUAGGCAGUUAUUUAGGAUUGAAGGAGUAAAAAGUGUCUUUUUUGGACCGGAUUUCAUCACUGUUACAAAGGAAAGUGAAGAGUUAGACUGGAAUUUACUGAAACCAGAUAUUUAUGCAACAAUCAUGGAUUUCUUUGCUUCUGGCUUACCCUUAGUUACUGAAGAAACAUCUUCAGGAGAAGCAGGAUCUGAAGAAGAUGAUGAAGUUGUGGCAAUGAUUAAGGAACUGUUAGAUACCAGAAUACGGCCAACUGUGCAGGAAGAUGGAGGAGAUGUUAUCUAUAAAGGCUUUGAAGAUGGCAUUGUACAGCUCAAACUCCAAGGUUCUUGUACCAGCUGCCCCAGUUCAAUGAUUACUCUGAAAAAUGGAAUUCAGAACAUGCUGCAGUUUUAUAUUCCAGAAGUAGAGGGUGUAGAACAGGUUAUGGAUGAUGAAUCUGAUGAAAAAGAAGCAAACUCACCUUGAAAUAAUUAGAGUUUUCUUUGGGCCCAGCAGUUGGACUUCUUGAUAAUAUAUACCAAGCUUUUAUUAUUAAUCUGCUGAGGAACUUGAGGAUUAAUAAAAUAUGCCCUUUUUUCAGAGA